GGGGCGGGGCGGGGCGGCCGGAGGGGCGGGCCCGGGAGGCGGCGAGGCCCAGCCACAGCCGCAGGCCCGCCGCAGGCCCAGCGCGCCACCAUGGUGCGACAGCGCCCGCGGCCGCGGGGACCGCUGCAGCAGCAGAGGCGGACCAGGCGGAACGCGGGCUGAGGCCGGGGCCUCCGGGUGGCGGGGCCUCCGGGUGGUGGGCCCGCGAACCCCCGCGUCCCCGAGCCCCGACUCCCCCUCCUUGCCGGACCAUGCGCGCCCCCAACCGCCCCGGAGGCUGAGCCCGUCUGCCCGCGCCGCCGUCUCCCUCCCGGCUGCCCCGCCAUGGCCUUGCCGGGCGCCGAGGGCGCGGCUGACAGGCCGGUAUCCCCGGCCCGGAGCGCCCCCGCCGGCUCCGCGUCGUCGUCGUCCGCCUCCUCCGGCGGCUCGGCCUCCGCCUCGGCCUCGGCGGGCGCGGGGCUGUGGGCGGCGCUGUACGACUACGAGGCGCGCGGCGAGGACGAGCUGAGCCUGCGGCGCGGGCAGCUGGUGGAGGUGCUGUCGCAGGACGCCGCCGUGUCGGGCGACGAGGGCUGGUGGGCCGGCCAGGUGCAGCGGCGCCUCGGCAUCUUCCCCGCCAACUACGUGGCGCCGUGCCGCCCGGCCGCCCUCCCCGCGCCCCCGCCGCCGCCGCCGCGGCCGGGCUCGCCCGCGCACGUCGACUUCGAGCGGCUGGAGCUCCAGGAGCUCAUCGGCGCGGGCGGCUUCGGGCAGGUGUACCGCGCCACCUGGCAGGGCCGGGAGGUGGCGGUGAAGGCGGCGCGCCGCGACCCGGAGCAGGACGCGGCGACGGCGGCCGAGAGCGUGCGGCGGGAGGCGCGGCUCUUCGCCAUGCUGCGGCACCCCAACAUCAUCGAGCUGCGCGGCGUGUGCCUGCAGCAGCCGCACCUCUGCCUGGUGCUCGAGUUCGCCCGCGGCGGAGCGCUCAACCGCGCUCUGGCCGCCGCCAACGCCGCCCCGGACCCCCGCGCGCCAGGCCCGCGCCGCGCGCGCCGCAUCCCGCCGCACGUGCUGGUCAACUGGGCGGUGCAGAUCGCCCGCGGCAUGCUCUACCUGCACGAGGAGGCCGUCGUGUCCAUCCUGCACCGGGACCUCAAGUCCAGCAACAUUUUGCUGCUUGAGAAGAUAGAGCACGAUGAUUUCUGCAAUAAAACGUUGAAGAUUACAGAUUUUGGGCUGGCGAGAGAAUGGCACAGGACGACCAAGAUGAGUGCAGCGGGCACCUAUGCCUGGAUGGCGCCGGAAGUCAUCAAGUCUUCCCUGUUUUCUAAGGGAAGUGACAUCUGGAGCUAUGGAGUCCUGCUGUGGGAGCUGCUCACGGGAGAAGUCCCCUACCGUGGCAUCGACGGGCUUGCCGUGGCCUAUGGAGUGGCCGUCAAUAAGCUUACUUUGCCCAUUCCAUCCACCUGCCCGGAGCCGUUUGCCAAGCUCAUGAAAGAGUGCUGGCAACAAGACCCCCACAUUCGUCCUUCAUUUGCCUUAAUUCUUGAACAACUGACAGCUAUUGAAGGGACGGUUAUGACCGAAAUGCCUCAAGAAUCUUUUCAUUCCAUGCAAGAUGACUGGAAGCUGGAAAUUCAACAAAUGUUCGAUGAACUGAGAACAAAGGAGAAGGAGCUGCGGUCCCGAGAGGAGGAGCUGACCCGAGCCGCGCUCCAGCAGAAGUCCCAGGAGGCGCUGCUCAGGCGGCGGGAGCAGCAGCUCGCGGAGCGGGAGAUUGACGUGCUGGAGCGGGAGCUCAACAUUUUGAUAUUUCAGUUAAACCAGGAGAAGCCCAAUGUCAAGAAGAGGAAGGGAAAGUUCAGGAGAAGUCGACUGAAGCUCAAAGAUGGCCAUCGAAUCAGUUUACCUUCAGACUUCCAGCAUAAAAUCACCGUCCAGGCCUCUCCCAACUUGGACAAACGGAAGAGUGUGAACAGCAACAGCUCCAGCCCGCCCAGCAGCCCCACAGUGAUCCCUCGGCUCCGAGCCAUACAGCUGACUUCAGACGAAAGCAAUAAAACCUGGGGAAGGACCACGGUCAGCCGACAAGAAGAAUUUGAGGAUGUGAAAAAGAACUUCAGGAAAAAAGGUUGUACCUGGGGACCCAACUCAAUUCAAAUGAAAGAAAGAAGUGACAGCAAAGAAAGAAUAAGACCUCUCUCAGACGGCAACAGCCCUUGGUCAGCUCUCUUAAUAAAGAAUCCGAAAACCACGCCGUUGGCUUCAUUAUUUAUGGACCAGCCAGGUGCUUCUGAAGAGCCAAAACUUUCUUCUGAUGGACCAGAACACAGAAAACCAAAGCAAAUAAAAUCUCCUAGCCAAGCCUACGUUGAUCUACCUCUUUGGAAAGAUGGCCAGAGAGAGGAUCCAGUAGAGCCUGGAAGCUGGGAGGAGGGCCCCUCUUCGAGCCCUGCUGCAAGCCCUCCUCAGGUGACCCCUACAAGUAGUCAGAGCAGGUCCCCGCAGAGGAAGAAGACGGAGUCUGCCCUGUACAGCUGCACCGUGCUGCUGGCAUCGGUUGCUCUGGGGCUGGAUAUCAGAGAGCUUCAUCAAGCACAGGCUGCCGGAGGACUAUUGCCCAAAGAAGAAAGGAAGAAACGUGAGGGGAUCUUCCAGUGGGCUCCCAAGUCCCGAGGCGGGGCCAGUCCUUCCACAAGGCCACCGUCUAUGGGCGAGAGGGCCAGCAACCCACCCUUACUCCCUCUACCAGGCGCCAUGAGCCUUCUGUCCGGGCCCUCUCUUUCCACCAAGUGCUUGCUGCAGACGGACAGCACAGAGCUGUCCGAGGGCAGCCCACACGUCGCUUUGGACCCCGAGAUGCCCGCUCCAGGCUUUUGCGCGGCCAUUGGAGGACGUAGUCGCGAGCCGACCUCCACGCCAAGACUCGAGACUGAUUGCAGUCGAUGGAAAAACCCAUCUCCUCCUUUCCUAGAGCGGACGUGCGGGAAUGUGCCUUAUUCUGCUUCUUCAAAAGAACGAGCAUCACAUCACAGACGAACCCUGUCCGAGGGAAAUGCUUGUCAGACCCCAACAGCUGCUGCAGGCGUAGCUCUCAGCUCAGACCCCGGAGCCUCGGACCUGUCCCUGGAGUGGACUCUGGGAACGCCCCAGUGCUCCCCGCCCAGGGAGGCUCCGCGGGAAAAACAAAGAGCCGGUGCCCUGGUGCCCCCACCUCGCCUGCCAACCUUCAGGAGCCGCUCAGAGUCACAGCCCGCCAGGCAGGCACAGGUGCUCUCUGUCGGGCCAGGUCCAACUCCCCCCACUGCUUGUCCCCCCAGGGGGGCCGAGGACAGGACUACACCCCACGUGCCUUCCCUCCUGGAUGCCGACGCCCAAGGCCAGAGCAGGGACGGCCCAGUGCCUUUGGGCAGGAUGACGAGCAGAGCCAGCCGACCGUCCGUGCGGCAGCUGGAGAAGGAGUUUCUGUCUUAAGUGCCUUACGUUGUUCAAGCAUUUCUGCGUUUCGUUUUGUUUUUAAGGUGAACAAAUGAAAACAAUUUGAACUGUUAAAUGCUGCUGUGUUUUCGAAAGCUGUGGCCAUUAUACUGAAGUAGUAAUGGAUGUCAACCUUCCGGAAAAAAUGUAUGUGAUUGCUGUUAGCGGUCUGUCGUUUUUUGGCUACUGGAAUCUUAUGUAGUAAUUUGGAAUGUUCAAAACAAGUGUAAAUGAGUGUGAAACAAGAAACAUGCAGCAGCGUAAAGCUAUGCUGGGUACAGUUACCUGAAGCGUAGUUGUAAAGUUCUGUUGGUUCUCACCAGCAUCCCCCCAAACCCAAAUCAGAAUGAGGUGCGCCAUGUUUGUCCCUCCUUUUGUUUUCUCCCCAUUUGCCUUUCCUUCCUUCUCUUUUUUCCUUCCUUCCUUCCCUCCUUCCUUCCUUCCUUCUUUUUUCUUUUUUUGUUUGUUUCUUUUGUUAUUUGCGCAAAAAAAGCCAAGAAUAAUGUGAUAUUAGUCAGUAAAGGUAUGUAUUUUGAAAAAAUUGAAGACUAGAAUAGAUGGUGAGCCCCAGUGACACCCCCUGAACUGAGCAGUGGGCUUACGAUGCAUGGAUAUGUUGAGGCGUCACAUGGAUUAUGCCUAUUUCUCUCUGAGGAAAUUUUACUGAAUGUACUUGUAAAUGUUUUACUGAAUGUAACUUCUAAACAUGUUAUCUAUCAGAACCCCAAAAUGGAUUUUUUUAAAUUUUAUUUAUUUAUUUGUCAGAGAGAAAGAGCACAAGCAGGGGGAGCAGCAGGCAGAGGGAGAGGGAAAGGGAGAAGCCGGGUGACCAAGAAGCCCGAUGUGGGGCUCUAUCCCCAGACCCUGAGAUCAUGACCUGAGCCAAAGGCAGACACUUAACCAACUGAGCCAUCCAGGUGUCCCCCAAAACGGAUCUUUAAAAGGUCAGUCAGUCAGUCAUGGGCAUUUGGCUAAGACCACAUUAUGUUCCCCUGAGCAAGGCUAAUUGGUAGGUUCUUCCUAUAGAAAUGGUUCUUGUUUCGUCAGGAGCCACUUACUCAGUCUCCAGACUAAAAAUCUUUUUCAUUUUGUAGUAGGUUUUUAAAAAAUUAAGUGACAUAGGUAUUCAUUGUAAACAUUCAUGUCAUUCCAUUUUAUUUUUCUCUAUAUAAAUGUGUGAUUAUUCUGAUAAACCCAAAUACCGUUAGAGAGAAACACUGCCAAAUCAAGAAACAGUGACACUGUUAGAAUUCAAGUGUUUCGUAGUUAUCUUCAUGCUUCAGUAAAUUGUGGAAAAAUGUUAGACAUCUGCUAAGAUAAGCUGACAUGGUGGAAAUGACAAAUAUGGAUUAUUUUCAGAUACAGGAUUUUAAAUGGAUUUGAGGUAGCAGAUCAGGAUUUGAAAUGAUUUGAAAUGAUUUUAUGAGUUAUUUUAUAAAAUCAUACCUCUAUGAUACAAAUAGACUACUGAGUUAUUAAGCUACAGAAAUGCUGUCUAGGAGCUUGUAAAUUUGUCUGAACUCUUGUCAAGUUCCAUUAUGCUUCCCUUCUGCCACUAAAAUGUGGUUAUUUUGGAUGACAAUAAACACUUAACAUUUGGUGUACAAGGAAAAACUAAAUUGCAAACAUCACUUGACAUUUCAUUUAAAACUCUACCUUGGUUAAGGUUUCCCGAAUAACUGAAAUGUCGGCAAUUUAAAUCAGCUGUGAUAAAACGCCCACCUGUACCAGAAACAAGAAAACGAUACUCUUUGGCCACUCGACACAUCCAGUGACUUGGCAGGUACGCCCCCCGCAGAUGGUGAACAGAGCACUGAAAGGAUUCUAUCAACAUGAGUGCAUUCCACCCCAAGGAAAACAAUCCUGGGUUUAAAAUUCUUGCAGCAAAAUCUCAGGUACUUCCCUUUGUUAUGUCGUAGUAUGGUCUGUUCUAGGAUUUGGCUUCACUUUCAGGAGAUUGUUCAAGUACGAAAUCAAAAUCUGAUUUCCUCAAAAGUGUAUCACAUUUGAAACUAUGGCUGGCUGCUUCAUUCUAUGUUCAGUCAUUUGGGGGCAUGUAUUUCCUGCUAAAAGUAAAGGAAAUACAUGCCUAAAAUAGCACGUAAAAGAAGUAUAGAAACUCAGUUUCGCUUCUGCCAAAACAUUGUGUGUGUGUGUGUGUGUGUGUGUGUGUGAGAGAGUAGGGGUGGAGGGUAGCGGUGGGUGUUCAUCUGUCUUCUCCCUCUGCCCUGUUCCUGCUCCCAUGUAGCUCUGUUUCAGUCCACUGAACAUUAUGAUGAAUUUAGAAAUGAAACUACAUUAAAAAGAUAGUUGCAAUACCAGGAUUCAAGCUCGCAUUCCAGCAAAUUGUUGUUUUUUGCUGAGAUCUGUUGUAUAUUUGUGAUUUUCUAUGUGUGCUAGGAUGUUUAGCAGAAUCUGGCUAUUUAUUUUCAUGUAGACUUACUAGCUCGUCUAAAGAGAAAUUAAGCUGGAUUACCAUUAGUCAACAUUGAAGGUGCUCCCACUGCAGAAACUUAAGGCCUGAGCCUGUUAUGCUGUAUUAUGAAGCCUUGUGACUGAAAAAGAUGUUUACAUAUGUUGUCUAUUUUUUUAAUAAACUUCUUUUUAUAGCUA